UGGGUGGAAGCGAGGAGGGGCCGAGGGAGGAAACUGGCUUCCUGAAUCCUUCUCAGUCCUCAAAGACAGACCGACAGACAGAUAGACAGCUGGCAAGAGGCAGCCUGGGGAACACAGCUGCUUCAGCAGACGUCAUGGCCAUGGCCGAGUGAGCCUCCCUUGGGCCAGUGCCCCACCCCAGCAUGGUCCAGGCCCGUGGGGGGCGCUCCAGAGCACUGCGGCCGACCUCAUCUUUAGGGGCAGCCAAGAUGACCCAACCUCCACCUGCCAAAGCACCAGCCAAGAAGCAUGUGCGGCUACAGGAGAGGCGGGGCUCCAAUGUGGCUCUGAUGCUGGAUGUGCGCUCCCUGGGCACCGUGGAGCCCAUCUGCUCCGUGAACACACCCCGGGAGGUCACCCUACACUUUCUGCGCACAGCUGGACACCCCCUGACCUGCUGGGCCCUGCAGCACCAGCCACCCAGCCCCAAGCAACUGGAGGAGGAAUUCUUGAAGAUCCCCUCAAACUUCGUCAACCCUGAAGACCUGGAUAUCCCUGGUCAUGCCUCCAAGGACCGGUACAAGACCAUCUUGCCAAAUCCUCAGAGCCGUGUCUGUCUCUGUCGGGUGCAGAGCCAGGAGGAUGGAGAUUACAUCAAUGCCAACUACAUCCGAGGCUACGAUGGGCAGGAGAAGGUCUAUAUCGCGACCCAGGGUCCCAUGCCCAACACCGUGUCAGACUUCUGGGAGAUGGUGUGGCAAGAAGAAGUGUGCCUUAUUGUCAUGCUCACUCAGCUCCGAGAGGGCAAGGAGAAAUGUGUCCACUACUGGCCCACAAAAGAGGAAACCUAUGGACCCUUCCAGAUACGCAUCCAGGAUACCAAAGAAUGCCCAGAAUACACUGUGCGGCAGCUCACCAUCCAGCACCAGGAGGAACGCCGGUCAGUUAAACACAUCCUCUUCUCAGCCUGGCCUGACCACCAGACGCCGGAAUCAGCCGGGCCCCUGCUGCGCCUGGUGGCUGAGGUGGAGGACAGCCCAGAGACAGCUGCCAACACUGGGCCCAUCGUGGUCCACUGCAGUGCAGGGAUUGGCCGGACAGGCUGCUUCAUAGCCACCCGAAUUGGCUGCCAACAGCUGAAGGCCCGAGGGGAAGUGGACAUUCUGGGCAUUGUGUGCCAACUGCGGCUAGACAGAGGAGGAAUGAUCCAGACUGCGGAGCAAUACCAGUUCCUGCACCACACUUUGGCCCUAUAUGCAGCCCAGCUGCCCCAGGAACCCAGCCCCUGACCCCUGCCACCCUCCACCAGCCCAGGUGCCAACCGCCCUUCAGGCCUGGGUUUGGGGAAGUGGGCUGUGGGAUCUGGGGUACCCCCUGCAUGACAGUGGGAAGGGAUGCCCCAUUAGUGAGCACUUAGGGUUCCAGGAAGCUGAAUCAGCAAGAAUGAGAGGCCAGGCUUCAGGUGUCCCCACUGGCCACUCCUCUGCCUCCCCUAGUGGCCCCAGAUGGGUAAUAGAGGAGCCUUCAAAUCUCUGACCUUAAAGAUAGGAGCUGGCACAGACUGAGACACAAGCCCAGGUGUGUUGUUCUUCCCGAAAAUGCUCUUUGUGAGCAUUCAAUCUUCUCAUUUAUGUCAUGGACAUAAAGUGCUCUGCUGUCAUAAGGGAAGCAAUCAGAGAAGUUCCCAGCUGCUGUUCCAGUGGUCUCUCCUUUUCCUGGGGCUGGCAAGAGGGUGAUUCCAAGAUAAUCCUCCACCCAGGCCCUGCCUAAGCACUGGCAAGAUGAAGAGCUGGGAAAAGUCUGGUUCUGACCUCAGUCAGAUUCUCAGCAUCCUGGCAGGCUCCCUGCUCCACCCUAUGCAUCAGUGAGUGCUGGAUGACCCACUCGAAGGUGAACAAAGACCCAGGUGAUUCCUGUUUCCAUGCAUGUAUCCUGAGAGGAGGCUACAGCGAUGAUCAGGCAUGUCAGUUGAAACCUCUUAAAGAGAGAAUAUGUGGGGACAAAUCAGAGGCCAAGAAGGCUGCCCCUGCCUACAUAACUGCCUGCCACUUACCCAUCUACUUUCUGUGGAGCCCCAACACUCUCUGCUUUGCUCUAUGACCUCAGAAGAUACCCUGGGUGCCCAGGAAGCACCAAAGAAAGAGGAGAGAGGAGGAGACAAAGAACUUCAUCUGAUUCAAAAACCCCCACCCCCACCAUAUCCUCCAUGCCCUGCAUUUGCAGAGUACAUCUGGAGAGCUUGGCUGUUUCCAGAACAUUCUGAGUUCCAACCACCCCGUAUAGACAGACGGGCUCACACUGAAUUGCAACCCCUCAUAUCUACCCCAGAGAACUAAUCACCAUUCAUCUCAACACGAUUUCCAGGGCAACCCAGAUUUAUCUCAGGGCUCAACUACAAAAUCUCAGGAAGGUACCCAAACCCUGAGUCUUUCUUGACUCUGAGGAUGAUGGUAGUAAAACACCAUUCUCCGUGAAAACCCCAAGGAGCUGGUCCCAGAAAGCAGCUGGGCUCCCCUCUCAUGAUGUCUCUUUUAAAGGACAUGUAGUGCUGCUGUUGAGGUUCAUUUUCUUCAUGCUUCUGCUUGGCCUUAUGGAGAAGUCCCUUCAUUCUUCAUAGGCCUGGAGUGGGCUCACCUAUACCUCCACCUUCCAGAGCCCUGUGAGAGGCACCACCAUCUGUGCCACCCAAGCGAGGUGGAGGGCUCUCAAGUGCCUGAUCCUGCCCUGAGCUCAGACCCAGUCUGGAGGAAAGCAAUGGCAUAGCACCCAAGGGCACCCUUCUGCACUGUGAGUAACCUUGCUCCAGAUCUCAGAGGGUACCAGCUCUGGAGAAGUAACCAAGUGGAAAAAAUAAAGACUUGUUGGAUGA